AAGGCACGCGCAGUGCAACGUCGUGUUGUCACGUGCAUUUUUUGGCCAAUCAGCAGCACGGAAGAUUCGGUUUCAUAACAAACAUUUCUACCUUGUAACUUGUACACUUUAGACUCACAUACAAGAACAUUACUUACCAAGAUGGCCCUUGCCUUUACUGACAGGGCUAUUGGGGCAAUCAUUGGUGCGGCUGUUGCCGAUGCGGCAGCACAACCACUUCACUGGGUCUAUGACUUGCAGAAACUCAGUGUGAUAUUGUCUGAAAUGUCUCAGCCUGAAUUUCGGUCAGAGUCUGCCAAUCCAUUCUACAGAAGAAACACAGGACAGCAGAGCUGUUAUGGAGAUCAAGCUUUUGUGCUUCUGGAGUCCCUGUCUGAGUGUGGAGGUCUGGAUGUGGAAGACUUGAAGCAUCGCACCUACAAGUUUUUUGGUCCUGGAUCUGAAUAUGACACACCACUCAAUGAUCCAUACAGAGACAAAGGAGCUCCCAGGCCUCAGCUACCUAUUGAGGGACCCUGGAGACAGUCAAGCCUUAAGAGCUUUAUUAAAAACGUGGAUGCAGGCAAGGCAGAGACAGGUUGUGAAACUGAUAACCAAAUGGAUGGAGUGGCAAAGCUUGGUCCCAUUGUAGCCUGCUAUGCUGGAAAGCCGGAGAUGUUGGAGAGGGUUGAGGACGCCAUCCGUGUCACACAAAACAAUGACACAUGUGUGGCCGUAACUCUUGCUGCUGCACGGUUUCUGGAGCAUUUCAUCCUGAAUGGUCCUGAUCCGAAGGCACUGGAUGCAGUACUGGAACAGCUCAAUGACACAAACAGAAAAAACCCUCAGGAGUUGGACAAAGCUAUAGCCGGGCAAAUUCAUCAAGUAAAGGAGAAUCUAAGCAAGAAACCCAAAGAGCUUAUUCCAGCUGUGUUUCCAAACACCUGAGGUUUGCCUGGUGCAUUUCAGGCAGCAUUGCAUGGAGUUCUGACAGCCAGUGGCUAUGAGCAGGCUAUCCGGGACACCAUGAGCUGUGGGGGAUGCACCUCUAGCAGGAGCUCAUUCAUUGGAGCAUGCAUUGGGGCUCAGAUUGGGCUUGAAGGAAUCCCAUCUUCAUGGAAGAGCAAGACUUUGCGAUACAACACUUUGCUCAGUCUAUCAAAGAAAUUGUUAAUCUAAAUGUUUUUUGUUGCCAAGCAAGUGGAUAAAUAGGAAUUUUCUUAUUUAUGCAACACUUCAUCUUCCAUGGCAGUUGUGCUUUGAUAUGACAAUUAAUGAAAGUUUUAGCUUUAAACAAUAUAAGGCUGUAACAUGAUACCUUUUGUUUUAUCAAAGCGCAGCAUGACCAUGCUGAAAAUGACAUGCAUUGUGGCAUUAAGCAGAAAGGAAAGUUAAGGCGCUUUUAGGCUAAUGAUGCCAUCUAGGGGACAUAAAGAACAAUGACGUUAAGAGUGCAAUCACAAAACAUUUUAUGCCAAAUUAAAAACAGCAUUGCAUUAAAAUACAGAUAGAUAAAAAUCAAUAGUAGUAAUAUUAAAUACAAACAGAAACCUUGAUUAGUAAGAAAAAUAGAAUAGUGCAUUU